AUGAGUCCCAGACCUAGUCCCCACGGAGACCCGCCGCAGCCGCAAACGCGCCUGACGUCUCCAAUCACAUCCGCCUUCGCCGGCGGAUCGAGCGCGAACGCCGAUGCGUUCUUUAAUGUCACUUCGUUUAGUAGUAGUGAUGCUGUGGCCGGUCCUUCUUGGAGCGCUCCCAGGCGCGCCGACAGGGUGGGGAAAGGCGCCAAAGGCGGGCCGGAGAACGCGCUGCACGGCUUCCGCGGGGUGCGGCAGCGCAGUUGGGGGAAAUGGGUGGCGGAGAUCCGCGCGCCGCGCAGCAAGAAGCGCAUCUGGCUGGGGUCGUUCGCUGACGCGCGGACUGCUGCGCUGACGUACGACCGCGCAGCGCGGAAGCUGUACGGGGCGCGCGCGCAGCUAAAUUUUCUCGAGGGAAGUGCAGCUUUCGCGCCCGCCAACAAUCACCCUGACGGCGCAAGCUUUCCCGCCGCCGACGCGCGCAGCGGGUUGAUCAGCAGCGGAAGCGGCAGCGGGGGCAGCGCUAGCGACAGCGAAGGCGGCGCCUCCGCAGGCGUGAUCGCCGACGGCGGCGGAGGCGGCGAGAGAACGAGCCGCUCCGUCGAAACGCCUGCGCUCGUACGUCGUUGCGCGUCGAGCGACGACGCGACGCCCCCGUCACUGGCGAGGCUCGCGUUAACCGGCGGCGCGCCGUUGCUAACGCGGCGCGACUCCGACCCAGAAGAGAGCGGCGUUGGUUCCGUCAUGGCGGCGGGCUCUCGACCCGCGGCGCUCAACCCAGGAACUCUCGCUGCAGCGGCGAGAUGUGACUACAUCGGUGCCCUGCCACUGCCCAGCAUGACCUUCAAAGAAAUCUUCAACCGCUCGUGCCCGCCGCUCACCGCCCCCGCCGCGGCGUCUACCUCCGUAUCCGCGCUCGGCGCGCGCGCCCCGUCGGCGGAGAAGCGGGGCAUGUGGCAGGGGCCGGUUGAGUCGUUCCGCGCGCCCGCGAGUAGCGCGGGGCGCGUCGACCCGUCGGCGGAGAGCACGGAGCUGGCGCACGGGGCGCAGCAGACGGAGGGGACGCGCGCUGGGUGGAGCCAUGGCGGCAGCGUUGCGGGCUCCAGCGUUUUGAAUAGGAAUCCGAAUCUUCAGAACCAGCUCUGUGAAUCGAGUCAGGGUUUUUUCGCUGUAGCGGGGAACGAGGGGUUGAACUUGGGCUUUCCUGCGUGCCCUGCUGUGUUACCCGCCCAGCUGAGUCAGCAGCCGGCUUUGACGGUGCGUGGGGGGCUUGUUCCCUAUGGCAGCAUUUUUGCAAGACCCCCAGUCAUGUCAGUGGGAGGUACAGAAGCAUCUGGCAUGGCGGCGCCUUGGGGUUGUGGCGCAGCAGUCCCGUGGAUGCAUGAAGGAACGAUGGAGCAGCAGGGGGCGAUGGUGCGGGCUCUGAGGGAGAGCAGGGCGCAGCUGGUGCGCGAGCAGAUGGGCAGCAGUGGUGGCGCUGUGACUGCUGGGAACGCUUGGCCUGCUGGCACUGCUGAGAUUGCUGGUGCCGGGAUGCCAGCGAGAACAGUGGAGCAGCAGGGGGCGAUGGUGCGGGCGCUGAGGGAGAGCAGGGCGCAGCUGGUGCGGGAACAGAUGGGCGGCAGUGAUAGUGCAGGGGCUGCUGGGAACGCCUGGUCUACUGGUGCUGCUGGGAGUGCUUGUGCGGAGGCAUGGAGUGGCAAGGAGAGCAGGGCGCGGCUGGUGCGGGAGCAGAUGGGCACCAGUGUUGGGGCUGUGACUGCUGGGAACACUUGGACUGCUGGGAGUGCUGGUGCGGGGGUGUGGGGUGGCAGGGGCAUGGAUGGGGCAGAUGCGGUGCAGGGUGGGGGAGCAGGCAUGGAGCAUGGCAUGGAGCAUGGCAUGGAGCAGGGCAUGGAGCAUGGUGGUGUGCUGGACGCAGCAGCCAUAGAGCGCAUGCUGCAGCUCUCAGAGGCCCUGCUCGGCCCAGCGGACCCUCCUACUCAUGGCCCUCACGCCGCACCUCAUCCUGAAGGCUCUGAUGACCGUCGUGCCCGUGUGGACACCCCUCAUGGCCCUGUGAUCCCUCACGCCUCUUAUGCUGCUGCAUUUGAGGAUGCCAGUGCGCUGCUGGCAUGUAGUGACUACCAGCGUCUCAACAGUGGAUUGCCUGAUGCUGUGUCUCGCUCUGUGCCUGACUCUCUGCCUGGCUUUGUGCCGCAUGCUUCUGCUGCUGCUGCUGCUGCUGCCGCUGUUGCUUGUAAGCCUGUAUGCGAGCUUGCAGACCUGGUGCCGACUGUGUCCCCGUCCCCCAUGUGCAUGGGAGGGGAGUUCGCACUACCUGGCAGCAACUACCUGCUGCCUCCUGCAGUGGGUGUGGCGCCAUGUGCGGUGAAUACUCUCACCAUUGAUGCUGCCCACGGCCAGCCGUGCUUUGACGAACUGCUGUCCCCAAUGCCCAGGCUCUGGUGA